AGUCAAAGCUCUGCGCUCUGUGGUUAAAAUUGAAUUAAUUUUUGUUUACAUGGUUGGUAAUUUUUAAUAAAUUAUUUUACAUAUCUUCAAUCAAUUAUGUGAUAAACAGGAAUAACCCCCCUUAGUUAGUAGCAGACAGGAAUUGAGUGUUAAUGUUAGUUAAUACAAAAAAAUAUUUCCCAACAACAAAUUCUUUUCAAAAUGGGACGAAAUAAAAUGAUAGCGAAGAGCUGCCCUAAAUGUGAGAUGCAGGUAGCCGUGGCAUCCAAAUCAUGUAAAUGUGGACAUACAUUUUUUGCAUCUCGUCGCGCUGCGGACUCACUGCCUGCUGUAGAAGAUACAAAACGGAGAACUGGCAGAGUCAGACGGUCCCAGCCACAGUUUUACGACGCACAACACUAUCAGAAGCAAAAGCGAAAGUCACCCAAGAAGAGGUCUUUGUCGAAGAACUAUGGCGAUGAAGAUUACAAAAUCAAAGGAAAGAUUGAAAGCACAACCGCCCGAGCUCGUCGCAGGAGGGCCCUCCGUCGCGCUAAAAGGGAGCCCCUCCAAGCUGACCGCACAAGGGACCCUACGCCGCAACUUCGCCCCUCACAGCUGACGCGUUGCAAACUCAUACUGUCAGAGAUUAAUAGGAAAAUUGGAGCUGUGCAAUGGCAACCUCCCGCUGAUCCGUAGAAGACGCAAAAAACAAAUUACAAUAGGAUAUUUGCAGUGGCGUGCACAGGGUUUUUGACCAGUUCCC